UCAAUUAAAUUUUCCACUAGUAAACAUAUGCUAGUGUGAGAGAGAAAUGAGAGAAUAUAAAAAAGUUGUAAUUUCCUUGUUAAUUGUUGGUUAGUAAACACAAAAAGCAGCGAGAGAAACAAUUAUUCCUACAAUUGCAAUUGACAAUUAAAAACAUCAUUACCAAUGGAUCCUAAUUGUGAAACGUUGGUGUUCAUGUUAACCAGAAAUUGAAACUUUUAACCAAAUGGAAACACUAACAAUCAACUAAUUGAUUGUUUGUGAUCAUCAAAUUUACUCGAUUGUCCAUCAUGAUUAAUUCUAAGGAAGAAUCAAACAUUACCAAUGGUAAUUAUCUCUCAUGUCGGCGACUUCAUCUCUCUCGAGCCAAACUCAAGGCUUCGUCUCGAACCUCAGCACUUUUGUCGGGAUUCGCGAUGGUCGCGAUGGUCGAAGUUUCUCUCAAUCCGGACUCUCGAAAUCCGAUUCCCGUUCCCUUGUUGAUUUCAUUCGUACUUUGUACUACUCUUCUCGUCUCCGUUCAUAUGUUGGCUCUCAUGAUAUCAACUUGUAUUCUGCCAAACAUCGAAUCAGAUUGUGAACAAUUAAGUGAACUCAGAGAAUCACAACCAACAUUGAAAAUUCAUUCAAGGACAUUAAUUGAUUCGCCUCAUGAUACAUUAUCUCAUUACAUUGAGAUCGCUUGGCUUUUCUCAACAGUUUUCGGUGUUUUCUUGUUCCUCAUUGAAAUCGCUUUUCUUUGUUGGGUCAAGUUCUGGGACAUCGGUGUUAAUCAAGGAGGAAGCGGGAAAAAAGCGGCCUUUGCCUCGACCAUUUUGUUGAUUCCCGUUUUCGUUGUAUUCAUCGCAUUUGCUGUUCACUUUUAUCGUAAAUUAGUUAAUUAUAAAUAUGAAAGAUCAGCUAAGAAUCUUGAAGAAUUGGUCACAAUGGUAACGAAUUUACAAGAACCAGUUUAAUUGUUGCAAUUUGUUAAUCAAUUGUUACUACUCUUUCAAGUGAAACAGCAAUUAAACUAGUGUUCAAAUUUUUGUUUUUACUUCAACAAUUAAACACAAUUAAUCAGUAAA